AGGAGGAGAACCAGGGCCGCUGGCCCCGAAAGCACACACAAAGCGGCCUGACUCCCCUUUGGUGGGAACUUCCCCGGCCGCCAGCGGAGCAAGAGCGGGAGGGGGCGGCGGGUGAGGCAGGGCGGCGGGGCGGCGGUUGCCCUCGCCGAGGCGGAGAACAGCGCGCGCUAGGCUCCGGGCGCGCGGCGAGCGCAGCGGCCGCCGCCUCCUCCCUUCUCCGCCUCCGCCGGCGCUGCCUCCUCCCUCCGCCCAGCUCGGCCUCCCUUGCUCCCUCCCCUCCUGGCUGGCUUCGGCGGCGGCGGCGGCGGCUGGCGGGGAGGGCGUGCGCCGGCCGAGAGGUGUCGGCGGCGAGGCAAAGGAAGUUUCAAGUGGGGAAGGUCGUCCGUCGGCCGGCGCGUCCUCCUGCUCUCCUCCGCAGCAUCAUGGCGGAGCCGAGCGGCUCGCCCGUGCACGUCCAGCUUCCCCAGCAGGCGGCCCCGAUGACAGCGGCGGCGGCGGCCCCGGCGGCCGCGACAGCAGCGCCGGCCCCGGCAGCUCCCGCGGCCCCGGCCCCGGCCCCCGCCUCGGCCCCGGCCCCAGCCCCAGCCCCGGCGGCACAGGCUGUCGGCUGGCCCAUCUGCAGGGACGCGUACGAGCUACAGGAGGUUAUCGGCAGUGGAGCUACUGCUGUGGUUCAGGCAGCCCUAUGCAAACCCAGGCAAGAACGUGUAGCAAUAAAACGGAUCAACUUGGAAAAAUGCCAGACCAGUAUGGAUGAACUAUUAAAAGAAAUUCAAGCCAUGAGUCAGUGCAGCCAUCCCAACGUAGUGACCUAUUACACCUCUUUUGUGGUCAAAGAUGAACUUUGGCUGGUCAUGAAAUUACUAAGUGGAGGUUCAAUGUUGGAUAUCAUAAAAUACAUUGUCAACCGAGGAGAACACAAGAAUGGAGUUCUGGAAGAGGCAAUAAUAGCAACAAUUCUUAAAGAGGUUUUGGAAGGCUUAGACUAUCUACACAGAAAUGGUCAGAUUCACAGGGAUUUGAAAGCUGGUAAUAUUCUUCUGGGUGAGGAUGGUUCAGUACAAAUAGCAGAUUUUGGGGUAAGUGCGUUCCUAGCAACAGGGGGUGAUGUUACCCGAAAUAAAGUAAGAAAAACAUUCGUUGGCACCCCAUGUUGGAUGGCCCCUGAAGUCAUGGAACAGGUGAGAGGCUAUGACUUCAAGGCUGACAUGUGGAGUUUUGGGAUAACUGCCAUUGAAUUAGCAACAGGAGCAGCGCCUUAUCACAAAUAUCCUCCCAUGAAAGUGUUAAUGUUGACUUUGCAAAAUGAUCCACCCACUUUGGAAACAGGGGUAGAGGAUAAAGAAAUGAUGAAAAAGUAUGGCAAGUCCUUUAGAAAAUUACUUUCACUGUGUCUUCAGAAAGAUCCUUCCAAAAGGCCCACAGCAGCAGAACUUUUAAAAUGCAAAUUCUUCCAGAAAGCCAAGAACAGAGAGUACCUGAUUGAGAAGCUGCUUACGAGAACACCAGACAUAGCCCAAAGAGCCAAAAAGCACAGAAAUAAAGAGAAGAUCCUAAAAUCAGCUAGAGAAGUAAAACAGAUCAUCUAUCAGGUAAGAAGAGUUCCUGGGUCAAGCGGUCACCUUCAUAAAACCGAAGACGGGGACUGGGAGUGGAGUGACGAUGAGAUGGAUGAGAAGAGCGAAGAAGGGAAAGCAGCUUUUUCUCAGGAAAAGUCACGAAGAGUAAAAGAAGAAAAUCCAGAGAUUGCAGUGAAUGCCAGCACCAUCCCCGAACAAAUACAGUCCCUCUCUGUGCACGACUCUCAGGGCCCACCCAAUGCUAACGAAGACUACAGAGAAGCAUCUUCUUGCGCCGUGAACCUCGUUUUGAGAUUAAGAAACUCCAGAAAGGAACUUAAUGACAUACGAUUUGAGUUUACUCCAGGAAGAGAUACAGCAGAUGGUGUAUCUCAGGAGCUCUUCUCUGCUGGCUUGGUGGAUGGUCAUGAUGUAGUUAUAGUGGCUGCUAAUUUACAGAAGAUUGUAGAUGAUCCCAAAGCUUUAAAAACAUUGACAUUUAAGUUGGCUUCUGGCUGUGAUGGGUCGGAGAUUCCUGAUGAAGUGAAGCUGAUUGGGUUUGCUCAGUUGAGUGUCAGCUGAUGUAUGUCCCUUGAUGUCACCCUGAUCUGUCAUGUCCCACCCCCACCCCUACUCCCUUCAACCCUCCCUCUUUCUGCCCAUUUCCUCCCACCCCCUCACUCCCAUUUCCUAGCAAAAUCAGAAGAUUGUGAAGAGGCCGGCUUCAACAAAAUGGGAUAAAAAAAUAAUUUUUUAAAACUUAAAACACUCCGAGUUCUGCUUUAUUCUCUAGCAAUCCACAGUACAAGAACAAGCAAAUGCCACAGCUGCACGACUGUUGCUAAUUUUUCCAAAAGCUAUUUAAUAUUCUUAGCAAUCAAUUUGGAUAUCCCUUAAGUGAAAAGAAUCUGAAAUACACUCAGGUGGUCUUAUUUAUUGGCAACAAAAGGAAUUUUCUAUCCAGAAGCCUAUUUCUCCUUUCAUUGUCGUUAUUUCUGUUAUAAUACUUUAAUUGUACAUCUGACAAUACUGCCUCUUUUAUGUUGUAUUUAGAAAUUAAUAUACUUAUAAAAUUAAGAUUUAUUAGCCAAACUUGAAUUCUAGUUUUAAAACUGACUGUGAAUUUUAUUUUUCAUAUAUUUAUGCAUUACACACCUUAGCUAUAAGAAAAAAAGGGUUUUGAUUAUAUGCUUCUUGCAGUUUAUCUCGUUAUUUAAACAAAAAGUUUUGGGUCUAUCUUUGGAGUAUUUGUAACUUCUAAAUUUUGAAAUGACUGAAUUAGGAAUUUGGAUGCUUAUUCUUUUAGUCUGUUUGCCUAAAAACCAAUUUACAAUCUGACUGUCUCUUGGGAGAGGGAGGUGCCUUGCAAACUUUCACAUUAAGAAUGUGCCUGAGGCUGCUUUACUCUGGAAUAGUCUCAGAUCUAAAAUUUCCUCUAUAUAAGGUGGCAUAUGUUAAGUUUUGCUUCAUUGGACCGUUUAGAAUGCUAUGUAAAAUGUUGCCUUUCUGUUAGAUUGCUAACUAUAUACCCAUCUCUGAUUUGGCUCUCCUUAAGUGAUAGGAUUUGUUAUUCUAAAGGUGAUAAACUUGAAAAUAUCAGAAUCUGAGUUUUACUUGAAAUUUUGCAGAAUACCCAGGUGGAGUGAAAAUUGGAAGGGUUUUGUGCAAUGACUAAAAGGUAAAAUGCUGUUAAGGUUCAAGAAUAAAUACUUUCAACCCAAGUAGCCCUCUGCUUGACUGUAUAUUAUGGAACUAGUAAACCUUAGGAUUUUGAAAAUUGGAGUCUAAUCUUUCAGGGAGGUGAGCUCCCAGGAUGGUACCAUUGCUCUUUCCUAGCUAACCCUAGAUAUGGCAGCUCUUUAAUGUACUUUAAAAAGCAAAUAUAUGUUACUAAGGAAAAAAAGUUAUUUAUAAUUGCCUUGUCAUAAUUGUUAAGGUGUUCUAGAGCCAUUUGCAUACAAUUUAAUGUAAUUUCAUUCCAUUCUAUUGUUUACACAACGAUUACUCAAAGAUGACUGCAAAGGUAAAAGGAAAAUAAAAGUGUAUUGCACAACGA